ACCAUCUAUGAUGUUGGUAGACCUGGAAAGUAGCGGCUUGUGAAUUAAGUUGUUGGACAAGUGGCCCACCAAGGUAAGCUGACAGCAACCAGACGUGAUGUUGGCAUGCGGUGUCCUGCUUGUCACCGGCACGUUGCUGGCGUCUGCAGUCCUGAGUCACAGCUGGAGACCCUGCACAGAUCUGCUGCCUCUCGACCUCCUGGCCAGGGUGUUGCAGCAGCAAGGUCAAACCGUGCCACCACAGGUGCAGAUGGUACAGUCCAGGGGGUCCAGAGGUCUUCGUUUGUCCAGUGCCAUGGCAACAUCGCUAAGUUUCCCUGCCUCUCAAAUCUUCACCUACUGUGACUUCUUCCCUGCUGAGUUCUCGUUGGUCAUUACUUUCAAGAUGCCGAGGCUGAGACAGAAGAGGAACGAGUAUAUCUUUUCUAUGGAGGCGGAGUCACUGUUGCUAGGGUUACGUAUUUCACAGAACUGCAUCCAUUUAAUGGUCAAUCAUCCUAGCGCCGGGAGGCGGAGCCGGCUGAGCUUCAAGGAGGUGCAGUUGGAUGAUAACCGCUGGCACACGAUAGUGCUGGCUGUCACUGGACCGCACGCGGCUCUGACCAUCGACUGCGGACUGCCUCUGGAGCUUACACAGGUCCCCCCCUUCCCUGCUACCUUAAGCACCAGAGGGUCCAGGGUCUUCAUAGGCACCAGGAAGAAGCGAAUGGGACGCUUCUCCGGUUUACUACGUCAGCUGGUUCUGCUGCCCGGUUCAGAUGCCACUUCUAGGCUGUGUCCCAACUCAGACCCUCACCUGGCAGAGCUGGUUGUCCCCCAAAUCCUUCAGAGGUCAGAGUGGCCCAGUCCAGUUUACCCUUAUGAGGCGGAGGUGACGGUGACAGCGGGGAGUUGUCCGCCUUGUUCCCGUGCAGAAGAAGGUCAGCUGUGGUUUAAUGUCCCAAGGAAAAGCGUCCUCAUGUGUGAUGGCCUCAUGUGGAAAAGUCUAUUCGGUGGUUCUGAACGAUUGGACUACUUGGAGGACUUCCAGGAUUUGUACACAUUCUCCGAAACCUUCGACGUGGAAGUCUUCUCCAUACCGCCUGCAGGCCUCUUCAUGGCUGCUGCCAACAGGGACUCUGGGCCCGGAUCGGGUAUCUAUAGGUGGACCAACGGGUCUUUUGGGCUUUAUCAGAAUAUCAGCACUCAGGAGGCUCGAGCUUGGAAACAUUUCACCAUUGAUGGCCAGUCUUUCCUCGUGGUGGCAAACUCCAGGGAGGCGGAGCCGGAGCUGUCAGUCAUCUAUCGGUGGAAUGAGCGGCGGCAGCGUUUUGUGCGGCAUCAGACGUUGGAGACCCAUGCCGCUGUGGACUGGGAGGCCUUUCACAUGCACAACCACAGCUUCCUGGUGGUAGCCAAUCACAGACGAGCCAGAGACUCCAAUCACAACAUCAACAGUGUCAUCUACAGGUGGAACCCCAAGUCCAAGAUAUUUGAGGUCAACCAGACCCUGUCCACCUCUGGAGCGUACGACUGGGAAUUCUUUACCAUCGGACCGUACCACUUCCUUGUGGUCGCUAACACCUUUGACGGUCAGACCACCGUCAUCACCUCAACCGUUUACGUUUGGCUGAAUGGACGUUUUCGGACCUUCCAGAACAUCCCGACGGUGGGGGCGACAGACUGGGAGACGUUUGAGAUUGAUGGCAGGUUCUUCUUAGCUGUGGCCAAUAGUCAGAAGGUGUCGGAGCUAGGCCCGAGUCUCUAUAGCAUCAACUCCACCGUCUAUGAGCUCAGCACCAUCAGCUGGACCUUCAUUCGCUUCCAAGACAUCCUAACCCACAGUGCCCUGGACUGGGAGUUCUUCACCGUCGGACAGGAGAAGUUCUUGGUGGUAGCCAACUCUCAUGAUGGAAGGUCAUACUCUGUGAAUAGUGUGGUCUACAGGUGGCAGGGCUAUGAGGGCUUUGUUCCUGUUCACAGCCUGCCCACAUUCGGCUGCAGAGAUUGGGAACACUUCAGCACAGACAGAGACUCUUUCCUGGUCUACUCCAGUGCCACCUCCAGACUCAGCAAGGUGUUCAAACUCAGGACGUAUUGAUAGCCUCUUGCUCUUGAGAACUCGUUCCAGACCAUCCAUCCAUCUGGACAUCUGGAACCUAUCCCAGGUGACUGUGGUCCAAAGACACAUUACAUCGAUCCUGCUACACUAUCAGUAAGUUUUUGUAGACCUGAAAAUGGAACCUCUCACUUGCAACCAACAUGCUAACGUUGGCGCUUGCACAUACCUAAAAAAUAAUAAUGCCUGUAGCUAGUUCCUAUGCUAUCAUGAUCGUUUUUAUCGCCCGUUGUCAGGGUUGAGUGCGAAUGGACGCUCAGGGCAGUGCUGUUAGCUGUUAGCAGCUUGUUAGCUUCCUUUGUUGCUCCCAAUGAAAUCCGCUUUAUUAUUUCUCUAAUUCUGUUUUUUAUGUUUAAAAUGUUUUGAAUUCGUUUUUUUUUACCUUUUACCACCCUAGAGUCUGUAAAAUAAAAUAUUGGUUAAUUAAAUUAAACAAUCUUUACAUAUAUUUAUGCAAUACAUCACUGGAUAAUUUUGUCCAGUAAUUCAGAAACUGAUGUAGCUUUGCUAACUUCGCUAAUGCUAACACACAAUGCUACAAAAUCCUCAAGCAGUAAAACAAAAAGCGGUAAUUACACGGAUACAGCUUAACUCGCGUGUACACAGCCACACUAGCAUGUUCUGCCAAAGCUAAACUAAACUAGCCCAGUUAGCUUACAUUCAUGCUCCGUAAGAGAUAAGUGAUAAAGUAUUUGUGUGUUUGCCGUUUCAACAUGUUUAGUUUGGGAGGGCGACAAACUAAUAAUUAAGCUAACUGCUCACUAGUAGCAUCAAUAGUCAUGGCUACUUGUAUCACAAAUAAAGCUGCAACAACAAAACGGGAUGUGAUGCUAAAAGUAUGGAGCUAGGAUGCUAAUGCUGCGUUCCAAAAAAAACUACCUCCCACUCGGAGUUUCAUGCACUCAGGAAUACAGCCAGGAAGCUAAUGCUGUGUUGUUGACGGCUGUAGGGAAGCAGGAAAUAUCUUUUUUUUAAGCUUCUGAGGUUCAAACAUUUGAAAAUGCCGUCUCUUUAAAGGGCGCUGGACCUUAUGGCUGGACUCAUGAAAAAGAGAAGGCUCUUUAUUUUUCUUAAUUUAUUUCCAGGACAUUACUAAAGUUAUGUGUAAAAUCAGUAUACUCAUGUACAAAACAUAUAAAUGUUUAUUAUUUAUAUAUAUAUUAUACUCAAUAUGCAACACAGUGUUUUGUACAAGGUUACCACUGUCAUUAAUUGCUUGAAUUCAAUGACAUAUUCCAUGCAGAUGAUGAAUGAUAACCGACACAUUUGUACAUCCAUAAGUCAAACCCACAGCGCACUGGCUGACCCGCGACUAUACUUAAGCGAGUAAUUGAAAUGAAAUAAUAAUUUUAGAAAAUAGCCUAGUGUGAAUAUGCUGUUGAUUGCCCCCCAUGUUGUGUUCACACAUAAACGCAGACUUUACUUACAGUCAUGCAUUGUUUUCAUUGCACUUUCUGUAUUAUGUGGAUAUGAUAUGUGUGUUUCAUCUGGUAAGUCCACCAUUCUGAUUAUUAAACAUCGGCGCCAUA